GCGUUUACUUCGUUUCCUGCGGGCAAGAAUUCGUAACACUAGAGAUUUCCGUGGUAAUUAUUUUGAUGUUGAGACGAAUGGCUCGCUGUGCACUGUUAUCAUCACAAACUUUAACAUUCAUGGCUUUUUUUUGCAUUAUUCUUACAAUAAAAACGAAGAUUCCGAAUCACAAGCUGAACUUGGGCUUUUAAAUCCAUCCUCGACUUUACCGAAAUCUGCAUCAGCUAAAAAGGAGUGUAGAUCUGAAAUGGGAGGUAGUGGGGGAGAUAGAGAUCACAGAGUGACAACCAAAUCGAAUAGAGUAACAAAUGAUGAAAAUGGAAACCUGAAGGUUAAUAGGAACGACAAGAAAAAAGAAAAUACCAACCAAAGGAAUAGAACCAACCCGAACAAUGGAAAUAGUAGGAGCAACAAUAAUAAUGAAGAUGACAACCUAGAGAACGCAAAUAAUGAGAAUAGGGGAAAUCCCAAGAAAUCUGGGAUCAGCGACUAUAAUGGAGACAGCAACCCGGAGAGCAUAAAAAACGAGAAUAAAGAGGGCACCAACGGAGGGGCUGUAACCAACAAUGACAAUGUGAACGACGGAAAUGGUCACAUGGAGACUGCAAGCAACGACAAAAAAAAUACGAUCGAAGGAAAUGAAGAUAUUCCCCAAAAUAGUGAAAUCACGAGAACAACAAGAAGAUUGUCCAAACCAAAUUUGGCGAUCGGUCCACGAUGCCGACCGGUCCAUGGG